UUAAACAAUCUGGCAAACAAUAACUUUUACCGGAAGUAGAUUUUAGAUUGUUAAGAUCAGACGAGAACAUUCACAUUGUAACUUUGUAAAACCGACCUUAUUGACAAAUUAGUUGAGAUGGAACAAUCAUGCCAGACUUCAGCCAGUGAUAUUUUUUGGGGACAUGCAUUCCAGACUUUCAUAGAGGUGAUUAGAAUGAUCGUCAUUCUCUCAUUGUUUUGGAAACAAGUCAAAAAAUUUAUUUAUUCUGAGAAGGAUGAAAAGCUUGAACAAAUUGAGAAGGUGAGAAAAGGUGUUGAUAAAAUACUUAAAAUGGUUGAAGAAUUGAAUGUUGAGUCAGAGGAAAGACAGUUAAUCUUUCAGGAAAUACUAAGUACUGUUAGAGAAAUAAACAGAAAAAUAGAUGAAAAAAAUCUAAAAGAGGACUUGGCAAUGAAAGAGAACAUGCUUUUAGAGGACUAGCUGGCUGUGUUGUACUUACAGACUAAAUGAUAUACUGCAGCAAUCACAUUAGCAUGAACACCUUGUUAUCACUGUGUUGCUUGUAUUUGGAGUAGAAGGAGAUAUACUUGUUUGUAUAGGGCCAAUGCCUUGUGAUGUUUUUGUGUACCUAACACUCUCCAUUGUCAGAAGCUAAAACACCUAUUGUAUAAUCUUUUUUUUUUUUUGCAAUUAUUGUUUGCACCGGUAUAUUGAUAUCUAUUUAUAAGUGAUGAAAAUUUUUAAUUUUCAUAGUGCAUAACUAUAGCUGUUUAAAAUCAGUUUUAUAGAAAAUUACUUUUUAUUGAUACUAAAUUGCUAUAAACUAUAAUGUAUUAUAAUGGCAACAGCUAUUACAAUAGGUAAAAAGUAUGUUUAAAAUUUGAAGUUCUGAGCUAAUCAAAAAUGCCCAAUGUAUUCAAUUUCUAAUGGAAACAAGUAAAUUAUUAUACCCCUUUCAAAUAAAGAUAACUGAUAAAUCAUUUAAAAUUGCAAAUAAUUACCAAUGGCGAAACUGGUUAUAAUUGUUGUUUAGAUCUGACAUUUUUUUUAAUAGAGGCCUGUUUUUUUCUAGUAAACUCACUAUUUGUGGUAUUAAUUUUUAACAAACUGUUCAGGUUAGUUUUAAUCAUAUUGUUUCAACAUGUUGGCACCACUUUUUGAAUUAGAUACAAACUACCAAUUUUAAAUAUUUUAAAAAAUCAUGAUUUGUUUGAGAUUUGUUUCAAGACUGAUACACUAACAUGCAACAUUAUUGUGUAGAAUCCUAGUAAAGACAAAUUUGUUUCAUGAUAUAAUGUAUUCAAUUGAAAUUUCAUUUUUAACACAAAAUUUGUGUGUGAUUUAAAUAAUAUCUUUACAAAAAAUGUAUAGUUAUAAAAGACCUCAGUAAAGAAUGUAUUGUAAUUAUACUUUUCUUCUACAUUAUUAGACGUUGAGCAUAUUUUGAAAACUAUCAACUGAUGGUACUAAUGAUUAUUAAUAAAUACUGUUAUCACAUUUUAUUUUUUACAGUAAUCAAAAUAACAUAAAAAUUCAGUCCAGUUGUAUUUUUGUUUGUGAUUUUCAAUGAUCUCACUAUUGUUGGCCUAUUAACUAAAUUAUGUGAUGCCAUUUAAAUAAAGGGGUGAUGUAUGUAUGUGUGUGACAUAAUUGUAGUGUAACACUGGUAAAAAGUUGCAUAUGUGUAUGAUAGUUUCUUUUUAAUUUACUCAUAAUAUGUGGAUUUUCAUAUGUAUUGCUAUUUCAAACCUUUUGAGUUAUUAAAUUUUUA